AUGUCAACCUUGUCCUCACCCCGCCCCUCAAUCGCUUCCUCUCGUGGCCAUUCACCCGGUCCAGCUUCUUCUCGCCCCUCUCUCGAUGCACUAAACACCAACAUCGCUGGCGGCCUUAGUGCCGCCUCCACUCCGUCGACCGCGCGAGCCAUCUCUCCCAACCCCAUCGCCGGACGGCGGAAUCGCUCGGCCUUACGAGACUACUAUAAGCUUAAACCCCCCUGGACGGGAACGGAGCUAGACAAUGCGGACUUCGACCCUCAGCGUUAUGUCGACCAACUCCUAUCAACCUCGUCCCUCUCAACAAUCCUCAAAGCGGAGAAUACACUGGUUGGAGAUGUUCGCACUCUAGACGGGGAGCGCAAAGCGCUUGUUUACGAUAAUUACUCCAAGCUCAUACGGGCUGUGGAAACAAUUGGCAAAAUGCGUCAAAGUAUGGACGAGCGCGGAGCACCCUUGACUAUGACCAAAACUCUGGGUCCAGCCAUUUCAUUCGUUGCUGAGACUGCUGGCAGUCUUAUAAAAGAGGGCGAGGAACAUCGCCGCCGCAUUAAAGAGGAACGGAGCCAACGUCCUGCCCCACCUCAUAAUAAGAACGAGAAGGAGACCGUCCAGUGGGUUCUUGCCUCGCCUCAGAGGCUGGAAAAAUAUAUUUCCGAGGACAAGCGCGACGACGCCUUAAAGGACUGGGAUGAGGUCAAGAAGCUACUCGAUGCUUGGGGUGAAGUCAAAGGUGUUGCUGAAAUCCGCGAGGCUUGUGAGAAGGUCAUGAAUACGGACAGCAACGAUGAUUGA